CAAACAGUUGAAAGCUGUUACGUUAUUUUAAUCAUUUUUUAAUCGCUACAAUUGUAUUUUAUAUAUCAUAUAUAGUGAAUUAUAAUGCAAAUCAAAUCAUUAUCAGAUGAUUUUGAGCCAACCAAUUUCGAAAUACUUGACUUUUAUGGUGAAGAAAUGUGUUUUCUGUGGCAAGACGAUAAAAUUGCUUUAUUCUCAUACAACAUAAAUGGUUCAAAUGUUCAAGUAUUGCCUAUUGUUGCUCCUAAGUUAAUUAAAAGUAUACAUAGCUACUUGGGGCGAAUUUUUCUCGUUUGUAAACCAUUUGGAAUUUAUAAAUUUACAAAAACUCAUGAGUUUGCUUUAUUAAGUGUAUCUGGGUUUGGUAUUGGGACUGAAUAUUUUGAGGUUUUGAUAUUAAAAGAUAAUUCUUUAUUUAUUGAAAAUAAACGUGAAAGGAAAAUUCAAGAAUUAUUAGUUCUUCCAAAAUUAUCAUUAGAUGAACAAAAUGAAUAUGAUACGUUGAAUUUUUUACUUCUAACCUCAAAAACAACCCAUGAAAAAUUAAAAAAUAUUCUAUUCCCUAAACAAGAUUCUAUUUGCCUGAUUUCAAGUAGAAAAUCAUUGUACACGUUAUUUCAUGAAACUAUUCAAAUUAUGUAUGAAGGCUUAUACAAUAUAACUGAUAUUAUACCAAUUAAAAAAAAUAACUUUAUUCUUGGAUUACUUCUGAUAACUGGACCAAAGCAUGUCAUCUUUGUCAGCACUAAAGAUGAUCAAUUAUUUUUCAAGAAAAUUUAUUUCAAUGUUGAAGUAGAUUGUUUAUGCACUGGAUUUUUAGAUGAUUCUGAAGAUACUAUCUGGAUUAUUUAUUCUGAUAAACAAAAAAUUUAUUUUGCUCACCAAAAUAUCAAUUGGGAUGGUCUACAUAAAGUUAGCUGGAAAAGGAAUAAAAUAAUUCGCUGCAAAAAUUAUAAAAACAAAACUAUUGUUCUGAACUCUUUAUUCCAAUUAGAAGAAGUAACUUUUAAUUCAAUAAAAUCACACGAUGUUUCUCGAGCACAUGAAGAUUUUUAUGAGAUUAAAACAGAAAUGUUGACCGGUUCUGAACUUAUCGUAGAAAAUAUUUGUGAAAGUGCAAAAGAGUUGGAUAAAUUGAAUCAAAAAUUACUAUUAGAAAAAGAGAAGUUACAUAGAAUAAAUAUUUUUACUCACAAACAAAAAAUUCCUUGUGUGCCAAAAAUAAAUGUUGAUCGUAGUGGUCAUUUUAUUUUUUUAAAAGUAUGCUUUGAAAAUCAUCUACCACCGGGAAGUUAUAUAACUAUAAACGUCAUUUGUAACAAACAAACGACAUUCAGUUCAAAAUUAGUUGAAGAUAAUGAAACAACAUUGGAAGUUCUUUUAAAACCAGAACUUUUGGAUAGUUCUAUUGAUGUAAAUUUUGAUCUUGUGACUUUCGCUGAAGAAGAGAAGCCUUGGUGUAUACUCAAUGACUGUUUAAAAGAUCCAAGUUUAAAAGAAAAACAUAAGGUUAAAGAUUUUCUGAAUUCUAAGAUGAAUUUUUUAAAUUCAAAAUUGAACAUUUUAAGGAACUUAGUUCAACAAGACAAUCAAAUUGAUGAGAAGAAAAUUUUGAAUAUUAAAAAAAGUCUGAGACGAGAGAUUCCAGAUAUUUAAUAGAAUAAUAAUAUUAAAUAUUUAUUCUUCGAUUGUACUG